GCCGAAGUCUCGCCGUAAUCUCGUGUUAAAGUUUGGACUACGAAAAGGACGAUAUACAGAGACAUAAAUAUAGCUAUUUUUUUUAUUUACUUUAGGUGUUUACUAAUUCCACAUUUAAGAUGAUUGUCUACCUGAGUAAAAAGAUUACCAUGCCCAACAGCACAAAAUUAUUUUGUGUUGCCUGGAACAAAAAGCAUGGUUAUAUUGCCUGUGGAGGUGAAAGUGGAUUUCUGAAAAUAAUGCAUUUGGAAUCUCCUUUACAUGAUGCUAAGCAGAAACACCGCCAUAAUGUUCUUCCUUUGAAUCAAAAUGUGUCAGGACAUUCAGGUUGUGUUGAGAUGAUAAGAUGGAAUGAUACCUUUCACAGACUGACAACUAGUGACAGUAAUGGACUUAUAAUCGUUUGGGGAAUAUUAAAAGACAAAUGGAAUGAAGAAAUGAUCAACAACCGACAAACUGGAGUACAGGAUAUGAAAUGGACUGGCAGCGGCAAAAUGAUUUGCAUUGUUUUUGAUGAUGGUAUGGUGAUUGUUGGAACUGUGGAAGGAGAAAGGAUAUGGGGUAAAGAUCUUGGAGAAAAGAAACUUUGUAAAGUAGAGUGGUCUCCUGAUGAAAAGAUUCUUCUCUUUGGCUUAAUGAAUGGAGAAGUCUGUGUCUUUGACAGCAUGGGAAACUACAUUUCUCAGCUAAACAUUUUAUCCCAUAUCUGCACUUCGACCCCACUUAAAUUGGUGACCAUUGAUUGGUUUAAAGGCAAUUACAGAGAUCCCACACAAGCUUGUCUCAUGAUAGCUUACCAUAAUGGACAUGUUAGAAUCAUGAAGUCAGAAACAGAUGAGGAUCCUGUAAUCAUAGAAACUGAAAUGUAUAUAGAAGAUGUUUCUUGGAACCCUCAGGGAUCUGUGAUAGCAGUUGGAGGAAAAUAUAACUCAUCAGAGAGUGACCAGGAUCCAAAUUUCAUUAAUUUUUAUUCCCAAUCAGGUGACCUUUUAAGGAAUUUAAAAAUACCUAGCAAGAAUCUGAAGAGUUUUUCAUGGGACAAAGCUGGAUUACGAUUAGCAAUUGCCUCUGACCAUUUACUUUACUUUGCCAACAUCAAACCAGACUACAAGUGGGGCUACUGCAGUAGCAGCAUCAUCUAUCAUUACACCAAACCUGAACGCAAUGAAAUCUGUGUUGUUUUCUGGGAAACAGUCAAAGAUAUUAAAUAUGUCAAAUAUAUGAACAGUUUUGUGAACAUUGCCACCCAUGGAGAUUAUUGUUGUAUUGUGACAAAGAGUGAGGAGAUGGAAGAUCAGUUUGUUUUGGUCCUGUGUAAUUCAAUAGGGACCCCACUGGAGCAAAAAUAUGUGGAGAUGGAACCAGUGUUUAUUCUAAUGACUAAGACACAUGUCAUUAUGGCCUCAAGAGAAGCGUUUUAUCUGUGGCAUUUCAAAAAUCCCAAGAAGGCAACAUCAUUGCUCGUUUCUUCCAGCAAGAAAUCUCGUCGAGAAAGGUUAUAUCACAUUGAUGUUGAACCAAGCCCAUCUGCAACCCAGAGUGAUGUCAUUGAUUUCAGUGUGGCUUUCCAGGGAACAAAUAAUCCAAUUUGCUGUAUGUGUGCCUCAGAAAAUAUCUUGCUUAUUGCUCGUAUGAGUGGAGUAGUGCAUCGAUACAGCUUACCACACGUUCUACUGGAGCAUAAAUAUAAUUUUAACACAAUUGCGUCUCUGAUGGAGAUGAACUGUAAUUUGACGAUUUUAGCACUAGUUGAUAAUUAUGGUGUGUUAUCUAUGUACAACCUGAAUGGUUAUAAAGAUAACAAUGGGAAGAGUAGCAAUACCGAGCAACUGAAUUUUGACCGUAAAGAUGUCUGGAACAUCAAAUGGGCCAAUGACAAUCCUAAUUUGUUUGCAUUGAUGGAGAAGGAACGGAUGCUGGUUGUUCGAGGAAUUGAACCUGAGGAACCAGUUUCCAGCAAAGGCUAUUUAUGCCAUUUCUCAGACUUGCAAAUUAAAACUGUUCUCCUGGAAAACAUCAUGACAUACCCCCAGAACCCAACCAAGGAUUUCGUUAUUGAUAUCGAGAUUAAAAGUCUACGAGAUACUCGGGAGAUGUUGACCAAAGUUAGUUUGGAAGAAGCUCUUCAUUUUAUUGAAAAGAAUCCACACCCAAGAUUAUGGCGUUUGCUGGCUGAAACUGCUUUGGAAGCUAUGGAUACGGGUAUAGCUGAACAAGCUUUUGUACAUUGCCAAGAUUACUAUGGCAUUCAGUUUGUGAAAAAGCUCAAUAACCAACAGAUUGAUGCUAUUAAGAAAGCUGAGGUGUUGUGUUAUUUCCAUAAAUUUGAUGAAGCGGAACAACUUUAUGUCAGUAUUGACAGAUGGGACCUGGCCGUAGCCAUGAGGAAGAAAAUGGGGGACUGGUUUCGGGUUCUGCAUCUGCUCACGUCAAACAGCAGCGGGGAUGACAACCAGCUGGAGGAGGCCUGGAAUGCCAUUGGGGACUACUUUGCUGACAGACAACAAUGGUUGAUCAAGGUUGAUGUAAGUGACUUAUCCCCACUCCUGCCAAACUUGCUGGCCCUGUGCCAGAAUUUGAAACCCAUAUCUGUUAGUGCAGACAUGGGCAUUGCUUUGUGGCUAAGAAGUAUGGCACCUUGGAAUAUUGGUGACAUGUUUAUCACCGUUGGCAUGUGUGAACAGGCUGUGGAGGCUUACAUCAAGUGUAACCGAGUGAAAGCCGCCAUUGACUGCUGUAUUCAGCUGAAUCAUUGGAAUAUGGCUAUAGAUUUAGCCAGGAAAUAUUCUAUAAAGGACAUUGAUUCUAUGUUAACCAAAUAUAUGAGUCACCUUCUAGAGAAAGGACGCACCAUGAAUGCUGUUGAGCUUUAUUGCAAAGCAGGGCACUAUUUAGAAGCUGCUAAACUGCUGAUGAAGGAAGCAAAAAAGAUAGCGAAAGUGUCCAAGUUACUUUUGAUGAAGAAAGUGUACGUUCUAAUAGGUUUACUAAUGGAGAAAUAUCACGAACAGAUGAAGUUUAAUGUAAAAGCCAGAAACGAGAAGGGAAAGAAAAGUAACGUAUCUACACCAUUGGAAGGAAUCCUCCAAGAAGAUACAGCAUCUAUGAGUGACAGUCACCUUAUUGAUAACGGAUGGCACCAUGCUGAGGCUUACCAUUUUUAUAUAUUAGCACAGACACAGCUGCAGACAGGCUAUGUUGAUUCAGCAAUGAAGACCGCUUUGGUUUUACGAGAUUAUGAAGACGUCCUUGAUCCUGUCGACAUCUAUUCUUUGCUCGCAUUGGCAGCAUAUGCAAACUGUGCAUUUGGUACUUGUUCAAAAGCUUUUAUAAAACUCGAAUCUUUGGAAACCUUGGAUCCAGCCCAAAGAAAACAAUAUGAAGAGAUGGCAUUUGAAGUAUUUUCCAGACACACUCCAAAGGAUUCCAAAUACAAUCAGGUUGAGUGUCCCAGCUGUUCAUCUACCAUGCCUGAUUGGACGUCUGUAUGCCCCAGCUGUGACAUCAAGUACCCACCAUGCAUUGUGAGCGGACGAACGAUUAUGGACUACCACUACUGGAUGUGCAACAGCUGCAAACAUCGUGCAUAUGAAUCAGAAAUUGUGCAACGCCAAACAUGUCCUCUGUGCCACUCGCCAUUUUAAUUAAAUAAUUACAAACAUAUUUACAUACACACACACACACACACACACACACACACACACACACACACACACACAUAUAUAUAUAUAUAUAUAUAUAUAUAUAUGGGGGAAUUUACGGAAAAAACAACAACAGAUGAGGACAGGUGGUGUAAACAACAAAAGGAUGUAUUAGUUUAACGCUUGGGAAUACAGAAAGUCUUAUGUGUGUGUGUGUGUGUGUGUGUAUGUUUGUGUGUGUAUGUAAUAUAUAUAUAUAUAUGUGUAUAUAUAUAUAUAUAAAGAAAUACAUAUACAUGUAUGUAUGUAUGCAUAUGUGUUGUAUAUACAUAUAUGUUUUGUGGGGUUUGUGUUAACAUGUAUAUGUGUGUAUAUAAAGAUGUACACAUACCUACAUAUAUAUAUACACUUACAGAAGUAUGGGUGUGUGCAUGUAUGUAUAAAGACAUGCCUCAGUAUCUCAGUUGAUUACUCUCUUACCAUAAUACUAGAUAGCAGCAGAGAAUUGAAGGCCUUCAUUCAACUCCUCUGCUCCCAAACAAAGAGAUAGAAUACAAGACAAAAUAUAUUUAUUUCAUGGUUUAUUAUUAUUAUUAUUAUUAUUAUUAUUAUUAUUAUUAUUAUUAAAUUGCUGACACCAAAUACAAGUCUUUUAUUUUUCUUUCUUCAUUUGUCUCUGAAGACUCUUUUUUCCAUUUCAUAUUUUCAUUCUCUACAUAUUCACCUCUUUACACGUCUCUAUCGUAUGUACCAGAUGCCUAAGUAUAAGUGUGUGUGUGUGUGUGUGUUUGUACUUAUGUGGCUGGAUGGUAAAGAGUUUGGUUCCCCCAUCAUGAUUCUGGGUUUAGUUCUGUUGUGUGAAACCUUAGGUGGGUGCCUUCCACUUAGUCCCAGGAUGACUAAAGCCCUGUGAGAGGAUUUGAUCGACAGAAACUGAAAGAAGCAUUUCUAUUUAUAUAUAUGUAUGUAUGUGUGUAUGUAUGUAUGUACGAAUGGACGGGUGGGCAUUACCAGGAUGGCAGUAAAGGGCAGACAACUAGCAUGAUGGAUACUAAGGUCCUUCAAAACAAGAGACCAAGAAGUUAUGUUGACCCUGUGGAGGACUUUUGUUCUCAGCUGCCUGGACUGUUGCUCUCAGCCAUGGACACCACGUAGUGCCAAACUAACAGCAGAGCUUGAAGCAGUCCAAUGCCACUACACUAAAAAGAUUGAAACAGUGCAGUGGAGGAGCUACAAGGAGAGGCUGAAAAACUGUGACUUUACUCCCUGAAGUGAAGGCGCAACAGAUAUGUAAUAAUCUUUGUAUGGUAAACUCUAGAAGGGCUAGUACCCAAUUUUGGCAUUGAAUGUUAUAUAAAUGCUAGAACUGGACACCAUUGUAUUGUACCAAGGGUACCAUCUACUCCAUCUAAAUUCAGGACCAGGUACUGCAACAACUUGGGUUCAAAGGCCCACAGCUCUUCAAUAUCCUGCCACAAAAUUUAAGAAACCUACAUAAUGUGGAUGUAGAUGUCUUCAAAAAGGAACUAGACAGCCUCCUCUCCACAAUACCAGAUGAACCAAUGGCACAGCAUGAGGUACUGAUGAGGCCAGUGAAAUCAAACUCCCCCAUACACCAAAUGGGCCACCUGCUGGGAUAAUGGCACCUACAGGAGUGGUGAUGUGAAACCAUCUGCCUGAGGAAAUCAGCAAAACCAUGGCGGUUCUGCAGCAUGACCACAGCCACAUGGCUGAAAUGAAUAACAAAUAUAUAUAUAUAUAUAUAUAUAUAUAUAUAUAUACAUAUGUUAAAUCUCUGAACGGGGUAUCAAGAUGGGAAAGAUAACUUUCCUUUGCAAAUAUAGACAGGACACAGAUGUGUGUCGAUAGCCAGCUGGAGGAGAUGUUCUCCUGGGGCUAAAAGCAACAGUAACAUCCACCCUUAGGGGUCAGCCACAUUUAAGUGGCAAAUAUACUUCGCUUUAUAUAUAUAUAUAUAUAUUCUUUUAUUUGUUUCAAUCAUUUGCUUGCAGCCAUGCUGGAACACUUCCUUUAGUCGAAAAAAUUGACCCCCAGGACUUAUACUUUGCAUUUUAUUCUAUCGGUCUCUUUUGCUGAACUGCAACAAUAUGGGGACGUAAACACACCAACAUCGGUUGUCAAGCAAUGGUUGGGGGACAAACAGACACACAUAUAUACACACGACUGGCUUCUUUCAGUUUCCGUCUACCAAAUCCACUCACGAGGCUUUGGUUGGCCUGAGGCUAUAGUAGAAGACACUUGCCCGAGGUGCCAUGCAGUGGGACUGAACCCAGAACCAUGUGGUUGGUAAGCAAGCUACUUACCACACAGCCACUCCUGUGCCUGAGCACACACCCUCUUCUGCGCCUGUAAAAAUUUUAUAUAUAUAUUUACAUAUAUGUAUAUAAAACUUUCUGUUCUUGUUCUGAGAACAUUCUUUUAGAAUGUUACUGAAAUUAUAUUCUCAUUUACAAUACAUUUUCUUCCUUUUGUUUUUCUGUCUCAUCUUUUGGACUGAAGGAAAUUUUUUAAUGUUUUUCUCUUGUUGUCUUUUCCAUUUUUUUCUUUCUUUCAUUUGCCUCUUUUGACUCAAUUAUUCCAAACGCUGAGCACAUCCAAUUUGAACAGUGGUACUUUCAUGUGAAUCUUGAGAUUUUGUUUUAGAUUCAUUUGCAUCUGCAAAGCAUUAUAACCUCGAGUACAAUCAAAGUGCAACAAUACUGAUGAUCAGGUUUCUGUUCUCACAAACGACCUCUUCUGUUAUACAAAACUUUUUUUCUUUAAAAACCAGUUUUUUUGUUUGUGUGUUUGUUUUACAAGUGGGGUUGAAUAAUGUUCUUCUUGUUGUUGUUGGUGGUGGUGAUGGACAGUUGUUUUAAAUAAAAAUUAAAACAAAAGAAAAGAAAAUGAAAAAAAAAUUACAAAAGAUUUUUUUACCCUCCAGUUUUUAGUUUUUAAAAUUUUUUUGAGAGUGUAGUGAAGUGGUGUUGCUGGUUGUAGUAGGGUGGUGCUGGUGCUGCUAGUGGUGGUGGCGAUUGUGAUAGU